CUGAAAAUACAUCACUUAUGAGCUCAUAUUGCUUCUCUAGCUGUGACCACAAAUCAUAAGUUGAGAAUUGGUCACAGUCCAUCUAAGAAAUUAAAAUUGCAACCGAAAAAGGAAAUAUCCCGUAGCAUUUGGCUAGGUUUGGCUUGCCUUGACUGUUCAUCAUCUUGCUUGCCUUUAUCAUCUUAAAUAUGUUCCCCUGAAACUCUCUAAAGACAUAAGAUUUUUCUCAAUGAUGGAUCAAAGCUUCAGACGCUCUGAUUCGUCAAUUACCGUCUCAAUGCCUGUCCUUCAAUCUUUGGCUGCCUGCAACAACUCUCAUUACACUUCGAUAACUACCGCCGUGACGCAACAUCCCCUCACUCGCACCUUCUCAAGUCUUACACCAUGGAAGGUGGAUUUGGAAUAGGGUUCGUCAGAAUAGCUCCGGUUAAGCCAACAAAAUAUUUGUAACGUAGCCGCAAUACACCGGAGGAUGACAGAAACUUUUAUCAUCUUUCCUUUCGCUUGUUUUACGGGUCAGAUGUGUCUCUGAUUAACUCUGUAACCAAAUUGCGUUCAAUUUGAUUGCAUCUAACUAUUAGCUGAUGGCGGAGCUUUGGCAGUGGGAAACCACAGCUGCGGCCUGCGGUAGCCACAGUUUGCGAUGCACCCUUUUGAUGUUGUCCGUUCGAAAAAUCAAGGUCUGAGAUUUUGGUACUCCGAUCCUAUAUAAGAAACUUGAUUUUAGUUUGAAAAUUGCUUACUUGGUUUUAGUUUUGUCUUGCAUAACACUCCCGAAACUCCAUAUUGGUUUCAACAAUUUGAGGUUCGAAAACAUAAUGAACCCUAAAAGUGGAUGGUCGUAGUUCUCGAAGACGAAGACUGUCAAUAUUGGGCUCCUAUCAUUAUUUCUAUCAGCCAACUUGAACAAAUGGGGUUAGCCCAAAGAAAUCAAAUCCGUAAGACCCAAACAGAAGACAAACGAAAAGCAAGAAUAAAAGAAGAAUACACGUGUCAUGCUGAAAAGAGAAGAAUUAGUGACGUGGUGCAAGGAAAAGAGAGAUGCCUUCUUCUUUAUGUAAUAAGAUUUCUUUUAAUACUGCUAAAUCUUAUUCCGAAAUUAUUAAAUUUUAAUUUUUAAAUAAUUACAUUUUUUAUGAAAUGGAAAUUCAAGGCUAUUUAUUGUAAGUAAUCAAAUACGUGUAUGUGUAGGUUUUUGGUGAUUUUAUAUUUUAACAAAAUUUAGUUAAUCAAAAUAUUGUGAUUUGCUCUUUUUCUUUUCUUUCUAUAAAAUGUUCCUCGAUAGCACUGAUUUUUCAUAUAUUUUUGUCAAAGUAAUUGGAUUCACAAAGCAUUAUUUUCUCGGUCCAUUUCCCACCUAUUUCUUUUGUCGAACCAUGCAAAGCAAAGAUGCACGGUUAGAAUGACCCUCAUCGCACAGCUUAGUCAGUUAUUCUCUUGGCAUUGCUUUGUUUGGCAAAGCCAUAAUGUCUUAAAACAAGGAGGCCAUACGGAAAGUCUUUUUUUUUCUAACUUCGUGAAGAACUCAAUUUUAUUUUUCCCUCGUUACGAACAAGAAAGUGGUUUGAAAAAUCAUUUGUACACUCCCUUCGUUCUACGAACCCUUGUUGAUUCUGAACUUCGUUUGCAAAGGAACCGGACCAACUAUUCAUUUUUGUCUUCUUAAUAGUUUUUUUUUCUUUUUUUAUUUAAAUAUAAAUUUGAUUUAUAACUAUUAGAAUGUAUAUCACUUAGGGCUGCACAAAUAAACUGAAUCCAAAAAUUCGAUCCAGACCCAACCCGAUAAAAAUGAAUUCGAAUUGAUCCGAACCUGACAUAAUACCAAAUUAAUUUUUACGGUAUUUCGGGUUAUGGGUUUUACCCAAACCCAAAUGGAUAUCCAAAAAUUUGAAAAUUUAAAAUCUCAAAAAAUAACUUGUACCAAACCCGAUCUAAAUCUUUUAUAUGUAUCCAAAACAUGCUAAAAUAUUAUUGAAUACUUAGAAUAAUUAUCUAUUACACGAAUAAUUAAAUCAAAUAAUUAAUCUAAUAUAACUAUUUUAUUUGGUGAAUAUUAAUGUUGUUAUGUUUUGAAAAUAGAUUUAUAACGUUAAAACCCUCAAAUACAUUUUUUGAGUAAAUACUCCCAAACUAAGUAUUUAGUGAAAUAUCCCCCAAACUAACUUUAUUUAAUGAAUUAAAUCCUCUGUCUACAGUGCCGGUCAUAACUAUCACUACUACCGAUAAAUCUUUAGUUUAGAGAUUUUUACAUUAAAUAAAGAUAGUCAAGGGAUUUUCCAUUAAAGAUCUAAAAUAUUCUAAAAUAUGUGAAAAUAUAAAAACAUUAUCUAAAAAUUAGUAACUUAAAAUUUUAAAAUUAGCAUUUUGAAAGUUUAUGCAAAUAGAUGAGUUUGAUUUAUUUUGAAAUCAACAUUUAUGUAUAAAUUAAAAUUAAAAAACCACAAAAUAAAAUAAAAAGUAUAUAAAUUUUUGCCGGUAUUAGUGGUUCUUUUGACCGACAAUAGAGAUAAAAUAAUUAUUUAAAAAUUAGUGACAAACAUUUUCAAAAUUAGCACUUCAGAUCAAUUAUGCUGCAUUGAUGUGAUAGAUUUAUUUUAAAAUUCAAAUUAUACGUGGGAGCUAAAACCCGCAACUAACAAUUUAAUGUGAAUAUAGCCUAGUCUGACUAAACCUUACUCCAUUCACAUUAAAUAUAAUUGUGAGUUUUAGCUCCCACAUAUAAUGGAUUUUAAAAUAAAUAUAUCUCAUUGAUGCAGCAUAAUUUAUUUGAUGUGCUAGUUUUGAAAAUGUUAGUUACUAGAUUUUUAGAUAAUUAGUUUAUAUCUAGUGCCUGUCAAAAGAAUUACUACUACUACUAGUAAAUCUUUAGAUAAUUUUUAUUAUAUUUUCUGGUAUUUUACAUUUUCAAUUUAUACAUAGAUAAUGUUGAUUUUAAAAGAAAUCAAACUCAUUUAUUUGCAUUAAUUUAAAGAAUGAUAAUUCUGAAAAAAAUUAAGUUACUAAUUUUUAGUUAAUGUUAUUAUAUUUUUAUAUUUUUGAUUUUUCAAUGGUAAAACCCUCAACUAUGUUUAUUUAAUGUAAAAACUCCUAAACUAAAGAUUUACCGAUUGUAUCAGUAAUUAUGACCCACACUGUAGACAAAAGGGUUUAAUUAAUUAAAUAAAAUUAGUUUGGAGAUUAUUUCACUAAAUACUUAGUUUGAAGAGUUUUUAUCCGAAACAAACUUAGUUGAGAGGUUUUAGUGUUAAAAAUCCUAUAAAGUUUAAAUAGUGUUUCUUAUGUUUACAGAGUUGCUAGUUGCUAAAUUUAAUUUGUAUGCGUUUCUGUAUGAUUCUGGUUCGUACAAGACUUUGGUUUGCUAUGUUUCAUGAUUUAUCUGAUGUUGUCACAUAUAGGUCAAAAAGAGUCUUUUAUUGUUGAUAGACGAGCCAGUUCAUGUUGUUUUAGGCUUGAUUCAAAUGUUCGCAUAUGAGAACAAUGGAAGAGUGGUGAAAUUGGCCGUUUCCUCCCACAGAAAAGUUAUUGAUCAUUUGAUAUCUUCUAGUCAGUAUCGACUAGCUUUUCUAAACUUUUCCAAUUCAUUCAAUAGUUUAGACAAUUCAAGUUCAUCAAUCUCGUGCUUUGUUUUGUUGUUGUUUCAGAGCACAGAAGAUAUCAUCAUCGGCGAACAGGCGAGUUGGAUUCAUGAAUCUUUCGAUGGUGGUAAUGGCAUUGGUGGUGAAUGGUGAUGAUGGUAAUGUAACUUGAGGGUUUGUUCGUAUUGUUCUAGGGUUUUGUUGAUAUCGGAACCAGAGACUAUGAUUCCUUCUUCUUUACGUUUCCAUAGUUUCUCUAUUAUUGUUUCUCUGACGUGAUUUUUUUUUCUUUUAUUUUUGGAUUCUAUCUGUUGUUUUAUUCUUUUUCCUCUUACUAUUUGAGAAGAACAAAAUUAUUCAUUAAAAUGUCAAAUUGUUCUAAACUUUCGUUGUAACCUCCGAAACAAAGCUUCGCCACCACCAGAAUCUUCAAAAAUUGAAUAACAAUGAAUUUGGGUAAAAAAACUAAAAUCCUCUAAAACUUUUUGUGCAAUACACCCUCCUAAAUGCUAUUGAAAUAACGGAUUUACAUUUUGCUCCAUUAUUACGACAUAUGUUGGAUUCCAGGAAUUUCAAGCCAAGUGUUAACUUUCUUACAAAACAUUAUCGUCCUUCAUACUGGCAUCUGUUGUGAUGUAUGUGUGAAUAGGAUUCAAACUUUUAUAGAAUAUUAAAUUUACAUAGCAUCAGAAGAUAAGAACAAAUGACAAACGUAUAUGCAUGUUUCAAUAUUAGGUAAACACAAGUACAUAAUAUUGUUAGUUUCUAUCUCUCUCUUCUGUAAAGGUUCGGAAUUUCUUUCUUCUUUUCCCAACUAAAUUAACACGUUUUCAAUUGUUCUGGUUAAAUGUAUCGUGGUAACCGGAGUAUAUCGUUUUCUUUUGAAAUAGUGGAUGGAGAAAAGAGAAGAAAAUAUGGAAGUGUGCGACGAAAAAACAAAAAAGUAUAAAAACGUGUGUGGUUUUAAGUUACGCCUUGACCAUUCAUUAUUCUCUACGCAUUGUAUUACGCUUUCCACAGGUAAUAGAUAUACAUCGAACGUUACACGUUCUGGCUUUUUAAAACUUUUUUAUGGGUUGAGAAUUAAGAGAAUGAACUCUACACAUUAACAAAUCUGAGUGAACUUAAAACAAAAUAAAAUUGUGAGUGUUGCUAAGUAAACUUGUUUGGGUUAAUAAAAAAGAUACGAAUUGUCUAAAUCAGUUGUCUAUAAUGUUAAUUGGCACAUACAUUCCUCACCAAGUUAUAGAUGUCUGUGGUAAGACAAAAUGAAAAAGGAACAAAUGCAUGAAGGGGGUUAGUAAAAAAAAAAACAAAACAAAAUUAAGAGUUGUAAGUUAACUAUGGUUGCUAUUUUGAGUUAUGAGUUAAUGUUCUAGCGGAAUUUCGAGAAAAGUUCAUCCGUCCUGUUUCUUGCAGAGUUUUUCAUAACAGAGUGUGGUACUGAUUUAUGAAUGAAAAAGAAAAUUAUAUAUGUAUGCGUUUAGUACAUGACUUUGAUUUAGUCAUACAAUCACAUUAUUAUUAUAUAUGUAUGAGUUCAUCAAAUAAAUAAUUACAAAUUGGUUGUUCAUCAAUAUAUAAUGUUAAUUGUUUUAUAACGGUCUGGAUUUUCAGAUUAACUCCUGUUUGAGAAAUAUGAUGAUUUUUUACGUAUAAUAAUAAUAAUUACGAGUUGAUCAGAACUUUUUUUUUUUUGCUAAGUUAUGUCAAACAUCAAGACGCAUUCAUGAUCAUACAGAGAAAAAAAGUACGCACAAAAAAACACUAACCCGAAUUUUCUGGUUUUACAAAUUAAAGAAUACAACAUUAGUGACUGAUUAGUUUUUGUCUGAGAAAGGGGGUAAUGACUGAUUAGUUAACAUAAAACUAGGUGGUUGCCCUCGAUUUCGCGGAUAUAAAUAUUUUAUGAAAAUUAAAUAUUAUGUUUAUAAUUUUAUAAUUUUGAAUAAUAAUCAUAACUAUUAAAAAUAAUCUUUUUAUUUUAAAUAGAUUGAAAAUCAAAAGUUUUGGUAUUUUAUAAUCUUAGAAGAUUAUUGAAAUAUAUUGUUAAUUCUAUGAAUUUUAUUAUAAGUUUCCAAAAAGUCUUUUUAUGACAUAAUUUUUUAUUAAUAAAACAAAACCAAAGAUUAAUGAACAAAAAAAUUUAUUUUAUAACACUUUCUAUUUUUGCUUAUUUUCUUACCAUUUUAUUUUAUUUAGAAGUAAUAUAGUUACAAAUAAUAAAUUAACAAUUAUAGUAAUACGUAAACAACAUGUAUUUCGGCAAACAUAUAAAAACUAAGUACGUAAAAGUAUAAAAUAACAAAUAAUACAACCAGGAAUGAAACAAACAAGUUUUAAUAUUUUUUACUGAUGUUUUAUAUAUGUAUCUUUUCUUUUUCCUAUUACAAAAUAAGUAUGUCAAUUUUAUUAUAAUCAAAACUAUAUCAAAAGAGUCUUAACUCUAGUUUUGUAUUAAUAUAUUGUUCUUGUUUUUUUAAUUUAUAUUAUAAUAUUCAUUGAUUAAUAUUGUUUUAAAAAUUUACCAUAUAAUUUUAUUAUAAUCAAGGCUAUAAGAAUUACAUUAAUAGAGUAUAUUAACUUUAGCCUGUAUUAGUAUAAUGUUCCAAUUUUUCAAUUUUAUAUUCUAAUAAAUAUUUUUAUUUAUUAAUAUUAUAUUAAAAGACUUACUAUAUAUUUUUCUGUUUUUAAAUAUACAAAUACUUUAAUCAUUUCUGAAAGUAAUAAUUCAACUAUACAAUCAACAUUUGUCACUGAAAAAAUGAUUGAAUAUUUUUAAAUUGUAUAUUUUACUGUUUUGCAUUCAUUGGACACAUUUUAGAAAAAAUAUAUAUAUAUAUAUAUAUAUAGUGAGUAUAACAAAAUAUUAGGUUUAGGUUAAUUAGUUUUCUGUAAUAUAUAAUUUAUUGUAUCCACUAUUAAUAUAAAUAUUUUAUGUCAUACCAUAUGUAUUAAAAUGUAUAUUUUAAAUUUCUAUAAUGUAAUCUAUGUAUUUAAUUGUUUCUAUAAAAAAAUUAUGUUAAUUCUUCUAUCCUUAAAAUUUUUAAUUGUUUGUAUGGUAAUAUAGAUUAGAUUAGGUAGUUCUAGGAUUAGUUUCCUUUUAAAAAUUUUAAUUAGAUAAAUAAAAAUUCAAAUACCAACAACCAAUCAAACUAAGAGAAUUAAUUCUAAAUUUCAUCUAUGAAUUACAACCUAAACAAAAGUCGCUAAUUUUAAACCUAUGGAUAUAGUAGGAUUGAAAUAUUAUUUGUGAUGUCAACUAAUCUUUCAUUAAAAAAGAAAACGGAUGGCAUCAAUUUUGACAAAACAUUAUGCGAAUAUAUUUAGAAACAAAUGCAUGUUUUGCAGUUUCUUCUAUUUUCUAAAAGAUCAGAAUAAAGUACCUAAAGAACGUAUGUUUAUAGAACAAAAAUAAUAAUUAUGCAACACAAUAAUUCUCAAUCAAACGAAGCACUUGCAGUGAAUCGGGGCAUGUUACAAAGAUCGCACGCGCCGUGUCGACCGCUGACAAAAUCGUACUCUAUGUCCGUCCCACCACCACACAGUUGCAUGCCUUUUGUCUUGAUCAACCUCUUCUUAGUUUAUGAUUAUCUAAUUCAAGCUUUCAUUUGUAUAUAUUUAAAUCUCCCUUAUAUCUGUAUAUCUGAGCUCUAUCUCUAUAACGUUUAUUCAUAGAUGCGUUGUUCCAAGUUAUCUUAUCAAAACCAUGAUUGAAUCUGACUUAACUAUGAUAAACAAAGCAAACAAAUCGUAACUUAUAAUGAAGUUUGUUAAAAAAGAGAAUCAAAUCGAAUCAUCCUAGAUGGUAGGUUACAACAAGAAACAUGUUAUUACUACUACACAUAUAAAUUCUUUUUCAAAAAUAUACUUAGAAAAUAUUUACAGAAGCUUUAAUUAGUGGUUACAAUGAUUAUGACUUGUCAACGUUUCUGUAACAUCUCUAUUUAUCUAUAUAAAAUCCAAGAUUACAAAAUAAUAAUACAACACAUCACAUAAUUAAGUUUUUGAGAUACCAAAAAAUAUUUGACGAUACUUUUUCCCGGAAAACCUUGCUCGCUAACAAAAUGUCAACUUUGUAUUCAAAUAACCAAAUAUUUCCGGUAUAUAUAUAUGCUAAUUUUCAUCAUCUAUUUUAUAUUGAUGUAGCAUCAUUUUGCAUGUUUUCAGUCUGGGGGAAAAUGAAAAAGAAAACAAAAAUAAACAAUUUAAAAUAUUUUCAGUCUGUGGGAAAAUGAAAAAGAAAACAAAAAUUAAACAAUUUAAAAUGUUGAAUUUGGAAAACUACCCAUCAGAGUGUACAAGUGUACAUCUAAAAAUUACACGUAUUACCAUCCAAAGGCCAAAGCUCAAAGCCCUAUAUAAAGAGAUUCUUCCUGCCCCUUCUCAAAACAGUCUUCUUCAACCGUAAAACAAACACAGAGAGACCAAAAUAUCCAAACCCGACUUGUUGAAACUCGAUUCAGACAAACCCAUUUUCAUUCUUAGAACAAGCAUGAAGAGAGUCAGAGGUUUCAAAAUUGGACAUAGAUCUGUCAAGAUAUUCAAAUGGAUCCGAUCAAGAAGAAUUCGAACAAUGAAACGUCAGUACCGGUCACGAAUUACAAACCCGAUCGCCGGAAUACGGUCAUUAGCACGGUGUCUAAGCCAUGGAGCCAAGAGACUGUGCGGUGGCAAGAAUGAUUCGGGUCAGGGUCAGAUCCGACUGGGUAAGGAUCCAAAAACGGCUGUUCCGAAGGGACACUUGGUGGUUCACGUCGGCGAAUCAGACGGUGACACGCGGCGCGUUGUAGUGCCGGUGAUCUAUUUCAAUCACCCAUUGUUCGGAGAAUUGUUGGAGCAAGCGGAGCGUGUUCAUGGGUUCCAUCAACCUGGUCGGAUCACGAUUCCUUGUCGGGUUUCUGAUUUUGAGAAAGUUCAGAUGAGGAUCGCCGCAUGGGAUCAUUGCCGCAGGAAGAGAACUUACAAGAUUCUCUAGUUUGUCACAUUUCUAGUUUUUUUUUAACUGAGGGUAAAAAUAGUCAAAAAUCAGAAAAAAGAGAAUAAAGAAAAUACAGGAAAUUUGUUAAUAUUUUUAGUUUCUUCUUCUUGUAUUAUACAUUUAUACACGGCAUGCCGAUACAUAAUUGAAAGAUUGUGUUUGUUUUAAUGCAUUUCUUUUAUCAAAAGAGAACAUAGUUAAUAAGUUCUAUAUAGAUUUCUGUGAUUUUCAAUUUUAUGGUAGCAUAGGAAGAGUUUGAUUGGUUAUUCUGUAUUGGCAUUGCAGUGGUACGAAUACAUCUUGUGUAUAGCUUGUCACUAUUAACUGUACUAAAUGCAAUCUAAAUGGACUAAAAUAUUGAUUGGUUAUUCUGUAUUGCAGUGGUAUGAAUGCAACUUUUUAGUUCUUAAUAGGUUUGGUUUUUUAUUGAAUCUUAGAGACGACAUUUUUUAUUAAGUGGUUAUUUCAUUGGUUGGAAAUGUUUUGGCUGGUGUGGCAUGCUUUAUAGGGUUUAAAAUUAACCCUCUUUUAUAUUAAGGAGAUUGUCAAGUGUUACCUUAUAGUUGUGUAAAUUGCAAUAAUUUUUCCUAUAAUUAUAUGUAUCAUUUUUCUGCUCAUAUUGUCACAAAAGCCUCAGUUAGCCAUCAAAACCUUGUUAUAUUAACUGAAUAACUCGGUUUCUUAUUACAGUUAUUUGUCAUAUAUAAUGGUGAACAAACUUUAGCAUGUAGCUUCAGUAGCUCAGUUGGUUAGAGCGUGUGGCUGUUAACCACAAGGUCGGAGGUUCAACCCCUCCCUGGAUCGUUUUAUUAGUGUUUACUAACUCUUUCUUCUUCUGAACGGGUUUCACGACAACACUAUCGACAUAGCUGCUGCCUGCUUGUUACACAAAAGCUAGGAGCACUACGAGUCUACCGGAGGAUUUGAAAGUUGCUUGGAAAUGCACAUUGAGAUUGACUCUAGUUUCAAAAAGGGAUACAGUAGGAAAGGAGCGAUUCAGUUUUUUUUUUCAUCAAGGAAUUCGAAAAAGCCAUGGAUACAUUGACAUAUCAAGAACGUCUGAAGCAUGAUCCUAAGAACCAGGAGUUGUUUGAUGGUGUUAGAAAUUUCUGCAUCUCUUUUAUUAUUAAAGCUAUGUAAUCGAGUCAGUGUGGAGCCUAUAGACAAAGCGAACCAAGGUGAUCUGGCCCCAGUAGAAUUGAAGGAUAGACAAGCAAAGACAAUGCAAGAUCUAGAUAUUCGGAACAUAUUAUAGUUGAUUGGUUGGACUGUAGGAGCUGACUUUAUGUUUAAUAUUAAUCUACAACCUUUAAAUCAGAAAGAGAACUUACAAGAUUCUCUAGUUUGUCAUAUUUCUAGUUUUUUUUUAAUUGAGGGUAAAAAUAGUCAAAAAUCAGAAAAAAGAGAAUAAAGAAAAUACAGGAAAUUUGUUAAUAUUUUUAGUUUCUUCUUCUUGUACUAUACAUUUAUACACGGCAUGCCGAUACAUAAUUGAAAUAUUGUGUUUAUUUU